AAUUCUGAAUAAAAAGGGCCGAUUUCCUCUAUAUCUACUUACUAUUCUCUUAUCUGCCUUGAUCUCUGGAUCUUCAUUUUGCACUGGAAACAAUGAGACUUUACGUUGUAGUGCUUGGGCUCAUAGUCCUUACUAUGGCUGUCGAUGCCGCCAAGAAAAAUUGUGGAAAAUGCCAAAAGCCCAAAAAACAUGAACGAGUUUGCGGCACUGAUAACAAACCUUAUGCAUCUGAAUGUGUUCUCGAAAAAAGAAAUUGUUUACGUGGUACGUCAAUAGCAGUCUUAAAUACAGGCAAGUGCAACAACAAAAACGCAGCCCCAUCAAAAAUUAAAAAGAAUCAAAAUUUAAACAGAGACCAAGAAGAAGAGGAAGAGGAGGAGGAGGAGGAAGAAUCAGAGGCGCCAGAAGAACCACAAGCACAGUUUGAUGGCCCAGAGCCUGAAGCUCAACAAGAAGCCAGUGAUCCAUUAGAACCGGCGAACCCACAAGAGUCAGAAGGCCAAGAACCAAAUGCACAACAAGGAGGUGAUCCUUCGGAACCGGAAGAACCUGAGGAAUCAGAAACCACGGAGCCAAAUGCACAGCAAGGAGGCAAUGAACCAUCUGAACCAGAAGAACAAGAGGAAUCAGAAGCCACGGAGCCAAAUGCACAGCAAGGGGGCAAUGAACCAUCUGAACCAGAAGAACCAGAGGAAUCAGAAGCCACGGAGCCAAAUGCACAGCAAGGGGGCAGUGAACCAUCUGAACCAGAGGAAUCAGAAGGCACGGAGCCAAAUGCACAGCAAGGUGGCAGUGAGACAUCAGAACCAGAGGAAUCAGAAGGGAUGGAGCCAAACGCACAACAAGGUGACAGUGAACCAGAAGAAUCAGAGGGGAAUGAACCACCUGAGAGUUCAAGUUCCCCAGUUGGAGGUCCACGUGGUAUUGGCGUUGGGAAUAGUGGAGCACCAGUUGACUGUGGAGCUGAUUGCCCAUUAGAAUUAAAACCAGUUUGUGGAAGUGAUGGUUUAACCUAUCCUUCCGCUUGUGUCCUCGGACGGUAUUCUGCUCUACCAUCUAAACAAGACCUUGUCGUCGCUGAUUAUGGGUUUUGCAGAACGACGACACCAGUUCAGCGUCCUUAAAUUGAUCUAACGCAAGCCGAUAGUCUUUCUAUUUCCUCAGUCAAGUGAACUAGGCCUAGAUACAUUCAAGGCAAAUAUAAAGUUUAUUUUUAAAUAAACGUAAACCUUUGUUUUCUAUAUGGUAUGAUCUGUAUAUAUAUAUAUAUAUACAUAUAUAUAUAUAUAUAUAUAUAUAUAUUUAUAUAUACAUAUAUACAUAUAUGAAUAUAUAUAUAUAUAAACUCUGUUUAUGUGUUUCACUUUGUUUAUUGAUUGCUUGUUUUUUAGCUUGGCUAUUGUCCCAUUGUUUUAUAUACUCUUUGAGCCUUGUCUCACGUUAUGUGUUUGUGUACUUGUCUUACAUAUGGAUAUAUGUUUCAAUUGCUUAGUUUACAUGGACUAUACACUUUAAAAAAGAUAAAGACCUAGAGUCAAUUUCAUUAUCAAUAAAAUCUGGCAAAUUUAUGCAUUGUUUCCGAGUUUUAUUUUAUAUAUCGAACCCCGGUUGAGGCAACUUUUUUUUCGAACUUGCAGAUUCUUAUUUUAACGUUAAAAAUUCUUAUAUUAUUAUAGCAUUACUGCAAGAUGGUUUCGAGUUUCUCUAUUAUAUCAUGAUUUAUUACAACAAAAUCCCUUCGGAGAUCAUGUCUUGUCAAAUAAAAAAGAACGUACAAGA